CUUUUUUCGCAGGAGCGAACGCUAGCGUAUACCUGCCGUAAAGUGCGAGUGUGUGUGCCUCGUUCGCACGCUAUCAUCUCUGGACUCUGACCUUGCGCUAGAAAGAAAAGGGGCAACGAAAAUCUGUAUGCAGCCGGCUUCAAGUUACAACCCUCGUGGCGGCCGAGAUGUAAACUCUUCGAGCUGAAGUUGAGGACCUUCCCGCAGCCGACUCUCCGACUUUCGUGAAGCCGUGUGUGUUGUGUGUCGAAAUGAGCGGUGCGCUGGAGUGCUUGGACUCGCGGUGCCUUCGACAGUGGUUCAUCCUUUCAGCCUAACGAACCUUUAAAUGUGUUCCGGAUUAGCGAGCUGGGAUUAUCGGCUUUGCGGCGGAUGAGCCAGCCGAUAUGGUCCGCGCUAACGGCAAGAGAGACGUCCGAAUCCUCCUCGUUGGUGAAGCCGGCGUGGGGAAGACGUCCCUCAUCCUGUCGCUGGUCAGCGAGCAGUUCCCCGAGGACGUCCCGCCGAGAGCCGAGGAGAUCACCAUCCCCGCCGAUGUGACGCCGGAGAAAGUGCCGACCCGUAUCGUCGACUUCUCGACACAAGAACAGAGCCAGGAAAACCUAGCUGAGGAAAUCGGCAAGGCUAACGUGGUUUGCGUCGUGUAUGCCGUAGAUGACGACGACACUAUCGACAAGAUCACCGACUACUGGUUGCCCCUGAUUCGGGAGCAGCUCGGCGACGACCACGGCACGCCCGUGGUUCUGGUGGGGAACAAGGCGGACCUGGUGGAGUACAGCUCCUUAGAGAUGGUGGUGCCAAUCAUGAGCCAAUACCAGGAGGUGGAGACGUGUGUAGAGUGCUCGGCCAAGACAUUCAAGAACAUCUCGGAGCUGUUCUACUAUGCGCAAAAGGCAGUUCUUCACCCCACGGGUCCACUGUAUGUGCCUCAAGAAAGGGAUCUGACGGAACGGUGCAAAGCAGCGCUGACCAGAAUCUUUCACAUCUGCGACAUUGACAAUGACGGCGUGCUAAGCGACCGGGAACUCAACGUUUUUCAGCGAAAAUGCUUCAACACACCCUUGGAAGCCAAAGCCCUCCACGACCUGAAGGCCAUCGUGGCCAAGAACCUGGAGGGAGGCGUGGAGAACAACGGACUCACAUUGUCAGGGUUCCUGUUCUUGCACCAAGUGUUCAUCCAAAGGGGUCGCCACGAAACCACGUGGACGGUGCUACGCCGGUUUGGCUACGACGACCAUCUUGUUCUUCCCCGUGAAUAUCUAUGCCCACCGAUUCGAGUGCCUCCUGGCAGCAGCACAGAACUAAGUGCCAAGGGUCUUGCAUUUGUCACGUCUCUUUUUGAAAAACAUGACAGGGACGCAGAUGGCUGCCUCUGCCCGUCCGAGCUGAAAAGCCUGUUUGCGGUGUGCCCUACACAGCCGUGGGGCACGGACCUCGUUGGCACUGUGGCCACCAACGAUGCCGGCUGGCUGACGCUACGUGGAUACCUGGCCCACUGGGCGUUGACUACGGCGUUGGACGUCCACAAGACGUUAGAGUGCCUGGCGUACCUGGGCUACAUCGGAGGCGGCGAAGAGAACCAACUCUCUGCUGUCCAAGUGACGUGUGAGAAGCAGCUGGAGUCUCAGCAGGGACAGAGCACGAGGCAGGUGCUGCACUGCCGGGUGCUAGGUCCACAGGGCGCGGGGAAGACGUGCUUCCUGCGCGGCCUGCUGGGAUGCAGCCUGGAGCAGAAUCCGCCUCCGGGACACCCCGGUCCCAAGUACGCCGUGGACCAGAUCGUCGUCUACGGCCAGGAGAAGUACCUCCUCCUCCACGAGGUGGACCUGUUUGGGCAACACGACACGGCCGUGGCCCCGGAGCUGAGCUGUGAUGCUGUCUGCCUUCUGUUCGAUGCCAGCAACCCGCGUUCGUUCGAGCACGUCGCCAGGGCCUACCUUAAACACCUGUCCGGCAGCUCUGUUCCCGUCUUAGUAGUGGCGUCCAAGAGUGACAGACCGGCCGUGCGGCAGGAGUACCCGGUGCAGCCAGCCGAGUUCUGCCGCAGGCACGACCUGCCUGCGCCCCAGACUUUCUCGUGUCUGGUGACGCCGCCCAGGGACGUCUACGUCAAGCUCACCACCAUGGCUGCCUACCCGAGCCUACGACGGUUGGUUCACGUGCUGCUAGUACGGCCCAUGGCACCUUGGCUAUCGCGAUACACCAGUCGACUUGCGUCGGCCGAGCCUUCGGCUUGGGUGGGCGCCGGCGUCGGAGCUGCGGCGGCAGCGCUUGUUGGAGUACUUUUGAUUCGUCUGCUGCGGGCGUCAACAAGAGACAGGUAGCAGCAGUUUCAGUCGCACCACUGCCAUCGUCUUCAGUCCUCGUCGAAGUCAAGAGCAGCUUCUCUCUUUUUCCUGCUUUUUUUUUUUGUAGGUUCUACCUGACCUUUGACCCUAACUCGUGCCAGAGGCCAAGAGUGCCUUGGUGCUGCUAGGGCCAUGUUGCAUACAUAUAAAAAAAGAG